AUGAAGAUCGCUCUGAUUUGUUUGGCCGUGGCCGUGACAGCAGUGCUGGCAGACAAACCCAUCGAGGUCGUGUCCCGCCAGGAGGUCCGUGACGAGCAUGGCCAGUACUCCCUCUCGUACCAGACGGCCAACGGCAUCUCGGUGGUGGAGCACGGCGAGCUGAAGCCCACCCCUGACGGCAAGGACCACGUUCUGAUCAGGAGCGGCCAGUACCAGUACACCAGCCCCGAGGGCAAGCCCGUCGACAUCAAGUACAAGGCCGACGAGUUCGGCUUCGUCGCCACCGGAGACGCCAUUCCACUGUGCCUGGUCGUCGCCGUGUCCUACGUGCUGGCCGAUACCAAACCCAUCGAGGUGAUCUCCCGCGAGGAGGUCCACGAUGCCGCCGGGCAGUAUUCGCUCACGUACCAGACGGCCAACGGCAUCACGGUGGUGGAGCACGGCGAGCUGAAGCCCACCCCUGACGGCAAGGACCACGUGCUGAUCAAGAGCGGCCAGUACCAGUACACCAGCCCCGAAGGCAAGCCUGUCGACAUCAAGUACAAGGCCGACGAGUUCGGCUUCGUCGCCACCGGAGACGCCAUUCCACUGUGCCUGGUCGUCGCCGUGUCCUACGUGCUGGCCGACACCAAACCCAUCGAGGUGAUCUCCCGCGAGGAGGUCCACGAUGCUGCCGGACAGUAUUCGCUCACGUACCAGACGGCCAACGGCAUCACGGUGGUGGAGCACGGCGAGCUGAAGCCCACCCCUGACGGCAAGGACCACGUGCUGAUCAAGAGCGGCCAGUACCAGUACACCAGCCCCGAGGGCAAGCCCGUCGACAUCAAGUACAAGGCCGACGAGUUCGGCUACGUCGCCACCGGAGACGCCAUUCCAGUCGCACCCGUCGCCUAA